AUGAGAAACAACGACAUAGAGAAGGCCAGGUGGUAUAUUCCGACUUGGUUUGCGGCAUCGUCAUCAAACGUUAGAAAGGAUCUUGCAAUAAAGUUGGUUAUCCAUCCAGAUAAUACAAAGCAAGAUGAAAUCAUUGGCAAGUCAUUGAAGCUCCAGAACAUAAACUUUUCAUAA